AUGCGCAAGUUUGCGCCAGACGACAUCCGAUUCUCGCCAACGCUGCUUCCCACAUGUUAUUCUAGACUGUAACCCAAUUAUUUCGAAACUCGACACCAUAUCAUAGUUGCCUCUCCAAUAAACAUAAUUUCAAAAACUCAACAAUUUUGAAGCUUUGAAAUGUUUCAGAAAAGUUUUAGAUAAUUAGAGAUCAAGAACGAUAUUUCUGCUGUUUUCCAAUUCUAUUCUUUACUUGAGAUGACAGCUUCCCGCGUUUUGGAUUGGAAGAAAUAUUUUUUAAGAGGAAAAGUUCAUGGUAGCCGGAUGAUAAUAUUCUCAAGUUUUUUAAACUCACAGGUUUUUUUUUCUAUUUGGAUUAAAAGUGUUCAUUUUUUUUAUCAAUAUAUCUCUAUAUUUUUUUCGUAACAUCGGGAUGGUAUGAUAAUGUUGCAGGGGAGAGGGGGCGGGAAAGACCAUUAGGUGGACUAAAUAACCCAACCUGUGAAGAAAAAUUUUUCUGUAUGAGAGAAGAAACAUAGAAACAUAAUAAGUUGCUAUUAAAACCAAGUUGAAUACGGCACAAACCUAUGAACUUUAGAAAGAACGUCAAUAGAUAUACUGAUCAAAAAUGUCUUAAAAAUUGUUGAUUUAUUAGAAUGAUGUCUAGCAAGGCGUUCGCAUGAUGAAAGACAUGAUUAGGCGUAAGCCGGUGCAAGUCGGGACAGCGGAUUCCUGAUAUCAGGACGCCGACAUUGCAACGUCGCUAUUACUACUCCAACCAAGAUCAUAGCCGGAGGGCUCGGAUCGCCGCCUCCGCGUGGCGCCUUCUGGGUGAGACCUGGUCUCAGCUAAGAGCGAUCCAUUUUUGGUGAAGCCAGCCUUCGGGCUGGCAAAAAAGUAUACAAAAAGAUAUAUUGAUAGAUAAUAUUUUGAGAAUUAGUUAGUUAAAUCCACUGGAAAACAGCCAAAGUAAAAAAAAAGAAGUUAAUAAGAUCCUGCGAAAAUAUCCAUAAAGAACGCGAACAGAUGGUUUUGAAUAUAUAAUAAAAAAUCGCCUGAAUCAAGAGAGACUCUAUGUCUCAAGUUUUCGACCUUUUUUUUAUUGGAAUCGCGAUCAUUAAUAGCUGGAAUUUGCAAAAACAAAUCAAUGUGGAAUAGGUUAUGGUCCUUUUUUAUUUUAAUAUUUUUUUUUUCAGCCCCCGCGUCCAUCGUUUCCGAACGGUGGCUGGCGCUGGCCAUCCCGGACCGCGCCAUUUUCUCUGCUUUUCUCGCGACCCUCCAAGAUCUCUACAUUCUCUUGCGCGAGUAUGCAAAAGUGCAAACGCACUAUCAGAACAAACAAAAUGACUGGAAAAAGUUUGAAAAUUAUUCAUGGGGAAGAGAACAGAGCAAAUAUUAUACCGAGCUUCAUACUGUAGAACGCUCCGAGUUUUUUGGGAUCAUUGAGAAUUUAAAAAAAAUGAAGUGAAGGAUUUUCACAUAUACAGCGAUCCUCGAAAAAUGAACACUAAGACGUUUUCUUAUUUCUGGCCUCAAGCCAAUAAUGAGCAGAGCAUACCAAAACUUUCUGUGAAAGGAUAAAUUGUCAGACUUACAAAAAAUUGAAACAGAGGGAAAACUCAAUGAAUAGGUAUUUUAAUUUCAAUAAAUCGUUGGAGGAUUCCGUUUUGAGGCUCUGAAGUCCUGUUAAAAAUCAAUGAAAUCCCAAUGAAUUUUAUUUAUCUCUGCUCUUAUUUUAUAGAAACUUUUUUUCCGUUUAUUUCCGCUUUUUCCAAAACUCUCAUUUCGAAACUUUGGCCGGUCCCUGUUUUCCAUUCACCGAAGACGCGCGGAGAGAGAAGCAGGGCAUCGCCCGAAGGAGGGGAAGUGGGUGGAGUCUGCUUAGAUACGCAGGGUCUACGGUUCGCGUCGCGGUUCCUCAAACUGUGCUUCCUCGAAUUCAAAUUUCUUAUUCUUCUUUUUCAUUUUUUUGUCUCAAACAAGCUGGUUUGAGCUAGUUUUUGUAUUCAUAACUGAUCUUCUAGGUCGUUUGCAUUUUUCCGUCGUCUGAGUUAAAUUUUUUUUUCGUUUUAAUUCUGAUUUUUACAGGACCUUGGGCCCCGCCGCGGCUACCAAUUUUUUGGCCAAAGGAAGGCGUGAAAUCCUGCUGAUCCCCUUCUCGAUCGUUAGUUUUCAAUUAAAUUAUUUUUUUAUGUUUUUUUCACUGUUUCAAUUUAUUUAAUAUAAUUAUUCUCUGCAGAUGAAAGCCAAAUGA